AUGUGGCUGUACCUGGCUGCCCUGAUGGGGAUUUACGUCCUUCACCGAUGGUACCGGGAGAGACAGACUGUGGACACCCUGACAGACAAACACAUUUUCAUCACCGGUUGUGACUCUGGCUUUGGAAACCUGCUUGCCAGGCAGCUGGAUGUGAAGGGCAUGAGGGUAUUGGCAGCUUGUUUUACUGAGAAGGGGGCGGAGCAGCUGCAGAAGGCCACCUCGGAGCGCCUGAGAACCACCAUCCUGGAUAUCACCAGCAUGAAGAGUGUGGCUGCAGCAACCGAGUGGGUGAAAGGAUGUGUGGGGAACAAAAGGCUCUGGGGCUUGGUAAACAAUGCCGGUAUAGACUUCCCAGUGGCUCCCACUGAAUGGCUGACUAAGGAUGACUUUGCAAAGGUAAUAAAUGUCAACCUGCUUGGGACGAUUGAUGUGACGCUGCACAUGCUGGCCCUGGUGAGAAGAGCCAGAGGGAGGAUAGUCAACCUCAGCAGUGCGGAGGGAAGAGUGGUGAUCUUCGCUGGAGGGUAUUCUCCAUCCAAAUAUGGCAUAGAAUCCUUCUCAGACAGUCUGAGGCGAGAGAUCCAUCCUUUUGGUGUCAAAGUCAGCAUUGUUGAGCCCGGGGUUUUCUGUACACCUUUUUUUGAUGAUGCAAUAGAAGACUUACAGGAUGUGUGGAGCCAGCUCCCUUCUGAAAUCAAGGAAUCCUAUGGAGAGCAAUACUUUGAGAGCUGUGAGUAAAAAGAACAAGUUAUUUUCUAGUAAUUC